AUGUAUCAGCGCACCCUUGCGUGCUUCCUGUUUAGCAAGCCCAUAACGCAGGGGUACGUAGCGCAGCUUCCGCAGCCCACUCCAACGCGUCGCUGUACGUCGUGGCGCAGGGCUUUUGCUGCCAAUGAUGAAGUGCGGCAGAUGUACACCCCCGACGCGGAGCGGUACGAGGAGUGGUACAAAGCAACGUACGGCAUUGAGGAUCUUAGCGACGGGGCUGCCGCGUCCGGGGCGACCUCGAAUAGGCGCUUAGAUGAUACAAAAAACAUGGAGUCCAACAUUUCCCUGGAGGACCUUCGCAGCGUCGAAGCAGAGAUGGAGUUGUGCUCUCAGCAAUUCAAUCACAAUACCUUGGUGUGUUGA